AUGAAUAGCGGAGGGCAGAAGGUCCCUACUCCUCCGGAGUGCGCGCUGGCAGCGGAAAUGUUUGAUCAUUUCUGCUCAGCGGGCACCAUGAAACAGAUUUUAACAUUACACAGAGAAAUUUGUGAUACCCUCAAUUUGAAGCCAAACAGAUUGCCCGAUUUUUAUCCUAAAUUGAAGGCGAAGCUAGCUAGUUCGUGGAAGGCGCAGGCGCUUUUCAAGAAGUUUGACGCUCGAGCCAAUCACAAGGUUUACGCCAAGGGUAGAGCCUGUAAUCAGAAUAAGGUGCUUUUGAUUGGCGCGGGACCAUGUGGCCUCAGGGCAGCGAUAGAAUGCCAAUUGCUUGGCGCCAAAGUCGUGGUUGUAGAGAAACGUGAUCGCUUUUCACGUAACAACGUGUUACAUCUGUGGCCGUUUGUUAUACACGACCUACGAGCUUUGGGUGCUAAGAAGUUCUUCGGCAAGUUCUGCGCUGGUGCCAUAGACCAUAUAAGCAUUAGACAGUUACAGUGCAUACUCAUGAAGGUGUGUCUUUUGCUUGGUGUUGAAAUUCACGAAGGCGUCGGUUUUGAGGAGCUCUUGGAGCCGACUGGAACGGAGUCGUCAGCGACAUUGGGUUGGCGAGCGCGUGUAGAUCCGGCAGAGCACCCUGUAUCACAGUACGAAUUUGACGCUCUCAUAGGAGCUGAUGGAAAACGGAACACCCUUCAAGGUUUCAAACGGAAGGAGUUCCGCGGAAAACUGGCUAUGGCCAUCACAGCCAACUUCAUUAACAGACACACGGAACAGGAGGCUUCUGUCCCGGAAAUAAGCGGAGUAGCAUUCAUAUUCAAUCAGAAGUUCUUUAAAGAGUUGAACGAAGUGACCAGAAUAGAUCUCGAGAACAUUGUGUACUACAAAGACGACACGCAUUACUUCGUCAUGACAGCUAAGAAACACAGCCUCUUAGAGAAGGGUGUGUUGGUUAAUGAUUACGCCGACGUGACUCGCCUUUUAUCAGUUGAGAACGUGGAUCGUUCGUCCCUGAUGAAGUAUGCUCAAGAGGCUGCUCGCUUCUCAACCAAUGGUAGACUUCCUCUUAAAGACUUUGCUCUCAAUCAUUACGGGGAACCGGAUGUAGCUCUGUUUGACUUCACUUCCAUGUACGCCGCUGAGAACGCUAGCAUUGUGUACGAACGGCACGGUAGGCGGCUGCUCUGCCAGUUGGUUGGAGACAGUCUUCUGGAGCCGUUCUGGCCGACGGGUUCCGGAUGUGCUCGUGGCUUUUUAUCAGCCCUUGACGCCGCGUGGGCCGUAAGAUCGUGGGGCCACACGCCACAGCCACACCCACUUGAAGUUAUUGCUGAAAGGGAAUCUAUAUACAGGUUGCUCGCUCAAACGACGCCAGAGAAUUUACAUCGUGAUUUCGGCGGUUACACACUAGACCCGGGUACCAGAUAUCCUAAUUUGAACCGCACGGCCGUCACGCCUCAUAGAGUCACUUCGUUCUACGAUUCCGAUGAUCCCCUACCAUUGGACGCAUCUAAUAGUGCGAGGAAACGGCGUAGAGAGCCAGAAAUAUCCGAAGAUGCAUUAUUGUCGUGGGUGAAGCAUUUUGAACCUGGCAUAAGAGCUGCUGUAGGUCCAGUCUCGCUGAGCAAUCUUUUAAGACGUUAUAGACCCGACUUAAUGCCUCGAGAUACACCACCGAGAUUGGUGUAUCAAAUACUCCAACAAGAAUUUGGUAUCCCGCCACUCUCAGCAAAUGGUCCCACAAGAGACACACCCGACGCUAAACUAAGAAGCUAUCUACUGCGAGUGUAUCACGCGUUCAAAGGAGAAGUACCGCAUAUAUAUCACAAGACUGACAUGUUCAAACAGAUAAAACAAAGCCAACAAAAAGAAAAUAUCCUCAACACAGUCGAUCAUGCGGUAUCUGCGUAUACAAACACAGCAGAGGCGGAAAAAUCACACUCCAGUCACAGAAAGAAACGACGCUCACUCCGAUCACAAGUAAGUAACGAUCCGGCUGAAUAUAUAAGGAAAAAAAUUGAAAAGUUAGAUCUUAAUAAUAUAACACAACUGGCGCGGCUGAUAGAAGGUCAUGAUUCGACGAUAGAUAGUGAAAAACACUCGGCCAAGCAGAGAGAAAUUCAGGAACAAAUUAUAUCGUUAUUAGACCCAGAAGAUUCACCAGAUCCUAAAAUGUUAAGAGAUUCUUUAGCACAGCUAUUAGCAGGUACAACUAAGACUAAAGUCAAGUCCAAAGGAGCCAAUCAACCUUUGAACUCCUACUUCAAAGGUAAACCAACUGAUAAAAUCAAAGUAAAACCUCCCCGCAAACUGAAAGGAUUAGAUGAAAGUACUAUAAAGUAUACAGAUUUCUCAAAUAUUUUCGACGACGAUUCCACUAAUACAGAUGCGACUAUCGUUGAAUCAACGAAACGUGAGAAGAAAGAUUCGUCUGGAACAGCUUCUAAUAAGAAGAUGGUUCGCGCUUCUUCCACAGAAGGCUUACCACAAACAAGAAGAAUGUCCGAAGUGGCGGAAAUGCAGAGAAGGAGAUUUUCACAGAGCCCGGAAGUCGCAGCGCGUUAUGGACGAUCGAACUCGUUGGGGUCACCGGAAAUGGCGUUAAGUGCUAAACGGAUGGCAAAGUUAUUUGAGGAUAAAAAGAGAGAUACUCCAAGUCCAGAGAGUAGUGUAGUCCGAUCUAAACUAGUCGACAACCCUGACAUGGUGCUCCGUUUGCAAAGAAUGACUGAUAUAAUAGAAGGAAAACGCUGCUAUACACCCAGCCCUGACAGAAGCAAGCGAUCGCAAUCCAUUGGUAAUCCGGAAAUGGCGUUACGAAGGCAGCGUGUGGUAGAUCUGAUAGAAGGCGCCAAUAAACCUCAUCAAAGCCCCGAACGUAGUUUUCAGAGAAGAAAUUCAGGCGAACUACCAUUCAGGCUGCAAAGAGUGUCCGAUAUGAUGGAUAAAAGAACUGCUGAUUCAAAACGCCCGAAAAGCGGGGGCAAAAGAAAAGCCGCCCGCGAGAUUAUGAAACAGCGUUUCGAAAAAAGCUUACAAAUGCUAGCAGCGGAACCGAGGAUGGAUUUUGCAUCUUCAGCGGAUUUGGAGAACGACUACGGCUUGCAGCAAUACAGGGCAAGCGCCCCACAGUUUGACGAACGCGUCAAGAAAUUGGAAAAGAAAUUGCAACACUAUGAGGAGGGGCGUGUCGUUGGGGGCGGGGCUAGGGCAAUGGGAGGCGGGGCGCGUGUUGCUAGACUGGCAGCUGAGUUGUCAAAUACUUCGUCAGGUGGCGCUGUACCUAAAGCAUCUAAACCAAAGGAUUUAAUGAGAUCAGUUGGAAAAAUAGAACGAGACGAUUGGAAUGUAAAGGAAAUAGAACGAAAAAUCAUGGAAAAUAGACUAGGGCGACCUGAACCAAAAACUGCAGAGAAAGUACCUAAAUGGGACAGAGAACAGUUUCUUGGGCGACAACGUCGUUUAAAAGAAGGUGAUAACGAAGAAAAGUGGGGCGAAAUAGAUGAGACGCUUCACAAACUUGAUCAGAAACUACGUGACUCUGGACGACCUGAUCAUGGAACGAAAAAGGUGGCGAAUUUAGCGACGAAAUUCAUUAAAAAGGAUGAACCUGAAACUUCAAAGACUUCGUCUAAGGAAGAGUUGAAGCGCACGUGGCGCGGUCCGUCUAGCGCCGGUAUGCAGUGCGCGUCGUGUGGGACUCGCGUGUUCGCUGCCGAGGCGGUCACGGCUGAUGGGCUACAUCUACACAGAUCCUGCUUCCGUUGUGCCGUCUGCAAAGCCGUACUACGACCAGGGAACUACACAAUGGAGCGUUACGGCAGUAGGCUGGUAUGUCUAAGACAUUCAGGCGUCAGUGUUCCCGAUUCAUUAUCUACGAAGGUCACACGUCUCGAUACACUCGCUACUCCUGAGAGGAUCAGCCUCGAAAUGUCUGAUGGAGGAGCGAGGGAGAUAGAUGAGGACGAAUGGACAGACAGGAACUUCCUGGCUUCAGAGACAUCCGGUGCCGGGGGAUUGAGUGAUGAAGAGGAUUCGAGUUCUGAGGAGUUCACUGACGCAAUGUGUUCCGAAGAGGCUGAUGAUUCACCAGAACCUGAACUACAGAACACACGCCCGGCUCAAACACAUCUAUACUUCUCCGAUGAUUCGUUCGGCUAUGAUGACUAUUCCGAAGAGGGCCCCGUGUCAUCUGGCAACGAGUCCUGCUCCCGUAUGCGCGCGGCCCGCGAGGCUCGCCGGCGUGAAGUCCCCGCGGAGCCCCGGCCUCCCACCUACAGCAGCGAGAUGGAGUCUGAGGAAGAUAGUGAGAGUAGUGAGGAUGAGGUUUCUUCAGCGACCGAGGUGUCAACGGACAGCGAGUUCGCUCGUGAGGAGUGCGCGCCAGCUACUACCCCGCCAGCUAUACUCGUGACGGAGGCCGCACCCGUGGCACCCGUCGCACCCAUUGCACCCAUCGCACCCGUCGCACCCACUCAAGACUAUCCUCUCAGCCGCACCAGAUCAGCCGGCGGCCUAGCAACCAAGCGAGCCUUGGAACUAAAGAGGAAAUAUCUCCUCGGCGAACCUUCACCACCGUCUGUCAGAAAAUCAGACUCCACCUCGCAGUUGGACACUAAAUUAGAAGCUUUCCGAUGUAAUAUUACAGAAUUCCAAAAACUACUAAACCCAGCACCCAUACAACCGGUAACUGAACAAAUAUCAGUGACAGUACAAACGGCAACAACACAUACGAACGAGGAACCAGAAUCAGAUCAAUCGCUGCCAGUUAAAGUAAUACAAGAACCUGAAGAUGUAGCUCCUGAGAAGGAUAAUCAAACGUCACCGAUAGAAUUACCGUCUCCCAAACCAAUACGCACUUUACGUGUAACUACGGGUUAUAAAAAGGUUCCGAUGCCGGAUAUAAUAAGUAACUUGUUCCCAGACGCACCUCUAGAUCUUUUAGAGCAAGGUCUCUCGCCAUUCUACGAUCCAGUGCUGCCUAUCGAGGAAGGAAACAGCAAUCUGGAACAUCUGGAAAUAGACUCUGAUUCUCUAUCCGAAGACGAUUCCUCGAAUAAUCAUAAAUUAUCAAACCAAUCAGUUCCGAGAGUAGAAGUGCAUGACGAGGGUGGAGAAUUGAUCCAAUUAGAUAGUCUAACAAUAGCCAAUAAUGUUAAUGAUAGCAAAGAAGAUAAAAUAACAGAAGUAACUAACACAACGGCGCUUUCCGCUGUCUGCGUGGAUUCUGAAUCUUCUGACUCGAAUAAGGAUGUAACGACGCUGGCUCUCACGGAGACCGAGCUUUCAGACUGGGCAGCGGAAAGCGCUGUUUUGGAUGAAUGUGGAUUCGAAGAUAAGGACGAUAGGAAGAGAAACAAGAAUCCACGAACGCUGAGUGAGCCCAAGAUGGUCCACGAAACUAAAAACAUAUCGGCCAUAGCAUCACAUAUCUGUGGCAAGACGAGUCCCACAGAACAUAUCGUGUUUUCAAAUGCUCUAGAGCAUUUCGAAUUCGCAGAUGAAGGGGACCAGGAUCCGUCAAUAGAGUCACCAGCUACACCAAAAAACGAAGGCUACAUGGAACUAGUAGAUGAUUACUACGGUCACUACUCCCCAACAAACGACAGAUCGAUGAAUUUCAUAGAAAGAACAUUCUCCGAAACAACUAUUAAACCGAUAGUAUUAGAAAACGAAGAAGUCGCAGUCACAAACGACAACGAUGAGAUAAAAUUCAUAGACGAUCAAGAUUCAAAAAGUGAUGCCGUAUCGAAAAACGAAAGUCUCAAAUCCACCGGUGAAUUGAAGAAACUGUUCGAAGAUUCUCCAUCACACUCACUGAGCAAUGGCAACAGCCAUGAAGACGAAAAUUCCCUGAGCAAAUCUGAACAUUUGAGUGCUGUUAUAAAAGUGGAAGACAUUUCGCCGCAAACAAAAAGCGACUCUGUCAGUAUAUCGGAUAUAUCGCCGCCAUUGGAAAACGACGACUUGGCUAGUAAAACUAGUGCAUGUAAAAGCGAAAAUUCGAACGACAAGGCUUCGUUGGAGGACAUAUCACCGCCGUUGGCGUCAGAAAAAUCGAAAUCACACAAUAGUUUGUUAUACCAGAAAGCACAAAAACCUAUAACGUUCGCGAGUCCGUGCAGUAUACGGCUGUACGCGCCGGCGAUAUGUAGAUCAGCUAGCGAGACGUUCGGCAGGUUGAGUCAGAACGGGAAUCUAUCACCGCGUUACGACUGGGGUCAGUCGUGUCACGUGAGUCCCGGGUCGAUAUCACCAGGCAGCGGGACCUCUAUGAUGGGUCCCGACGCUGUGGACAGGAUACAAGUGAUACAGAAGGAGAGGCAGGAGCAGACGGACCUCGUGAAGAGGCUGGUAUUGGAGCGAUUGGGGAACGGACAGCGCGUCAUCCGUAAGACGGCCAGGCGGCAGCGGAUGUCGCCCGUCUGCAGCGCCCCGCCCCCCGUGCCCCCGCCGCCUGCUCUGGCCACGCCUCCAUCCCCUCCCCCGCCACCACGCCCCCUUCCUCCACCAGCCGCGCUCAUGUCGCUACCAGUCGCAUCCUCCUUCUCAGACCCAGACCUAACUCAAGAUCGAAGAAGGAAAGGUAUUAUGAGAAGCAUUUCGAAUUAUUUCAACCGACGCCUCGGACCUCGGCAUAAGUGUGUCUCGGAGCCGGACCUGACGACGCACGAAGUUGGAGAGUCGCACAAGUCGACAGGGGGCUUCGCCCCGCCGGUGCCUCCGCCCCCCACAGCGUAUAACCCGAGGCCUGCUGCAUCAGGUAACACCCAUAGUGUUAUCGUCGCGGGAGGGUGGCGGAGACGAGCCCGCGAGGCCUCCCCCGACGAGCCCUCCUCCCGCCGUGUCGCUAGACUACAGAAAAGACUCUCAAGACCAUUACCUGCGGAGGAACAAGCAGCGAGUGUUGCUGAACUGGUACAAAUAUGCGCUCAACGAGAUGCGCAUCGAGCUCUAAUGGCUGCUGAUAGGAGAAAAAAUUCAUCGAGAAACAGAGCUGGUGAUUAG